AUGAGCAGGAGGAGCGAGCCAGAUCAUUGCGCAAACACUUGCCUUGAGAAGGGCGUGGCUUUCCCGUCAUAUUUGACGUAUGAGACAUGCCAUGGCAAAGACGUCACCAAGUGGAACGAGCGCGAAUAUGAAUGGCUGUUGCUUCCAAGCCUUCGCUUUAAGGUUACCGGUGUCACUGAGAUCAUGAAUGAUCCUUGGUGGGAGGCUAGGCCCAAAGACAUUGCAGAAUGGCUGGAGCAGUCGCACACCGUGGACGACUACUGGAGCCGAAGUGGAAAGAUGACCUAUGGGCCUUGGCCUGAUAUCGCUGCGGCAGUUCUAGCCCAUUCCAUCGAUGGUCAGGCCUUCAUGAAGUGGUUUGAGAACAAAACCUUCCCGGAGCCGUAUGUGGCAGGCAAGUGGGAUGAUCCAAAAUACCUCUAUAUAGAGUCAGACAAACGUAUGGAGUUUCGGGCUGCUUCCAACAUGCGUUUCAAGCUUCCGUGGAUUUCGACAGGGAGGGGGGGCACUGAACCUAACACUGUGCAAUACUAUUACCGCAUCAAUCUGCAAGAUGCAGAGCCGUGUUGA